GGUGACAUGAACAAGGCAUGACGAGCCACAGAAUGAGCUUCCUUAUUGUUAGAACGACCUAUGAACCGAAGCGAGUAAUCCGAAUGGUGAACACCUACUAUAGCGCUUGUUCAAAAAGAUGAUCUAGAGCUUAUUUUUGAGUUAAUUCAUGGAUUGGGCUCCUGAUUUACUAGCACAGCGAGGCCCAAUGAUAAUUGCCCGAUGAAGGGCUUGGGUUAAAACCCAAUCUAACAGGCCAUUGUAUCAAUGGCGUAAGCCCAAAUUCCUCAAGGUUUUCUCCAAAAUUAGGGUUUUGUCUGAUGGAGUUGCUAAAAUCCCAGCAAAUCCCUCUUCUUAUAGUCACCGUUGAAAUGCACGGGUCACUACCUUCAUCUUUCAUUUCUUCCUGCGGCUGCGAGAAUGGUUACCCAUGGCGGGAGCCAUGUUUUCCAAAUGCUCCGUUCAUCGCCAUAAUCGUUUUGAUCAUACAGGAUAUGAACCAUUUCAUUUAUUUUGUUGUUUGUCCCAGUUGAACCGAGUUAGGGAAUGAAUGCUUCAUUAUCUGGUCAUUGUGGAUACCUCCAUUCCCAACUGACUCGUUCCCUUGAAGCCAUAUUGUUUGUGUUGCUUCUUGACAAUAUUUAUCCCCUUAAUGCUUUCUGGGUUUUGGGGUGUCGCCGAAAGAGCAACUAAAUCUCUUCGAUUUGCAUUCCCAGAUCGUUAUAUAUUUUGUCAAACGAUUUCUAACUUUUGAUCUCCAUGGAAGCGAUUGGCCUUUUUUCUGGUGUUUUUACCAUUUGGGUUUUGUUAAAACAGAAGGCUUCAUCAUCUAGUCGAUGAGGGUUAAUUGAUUCCCAUUUGACUCGUUCCCUUGAAGCCAUAACACUUGUGCUGCUCUUAAUCCUCUGUUUUUGCUCAACUUGCUAAUACCUUGCUUUUCGAGAAAGAUGGGAGCUGCUACAUUCUCUUUUGGGUUAUUAUUAUCAUGACUGUAAAUCUGAGUUACGUUAUUGUUAUCCUACUAUGAUUUGGUCUCAAAUUCUAAGUGCAUCAUAUCGUGUUAACACCACCUAUAAAGACAUCUGGCCACAUGAACUGGAUUUGCUGCGACAGCAGAGAGCAGACUGCCAUAAUACUCAGUAGUCCGCAACGGAGCAGAGCCAAUGCUUUUCCUAUAUUUAUUGUAGUCACUGCACUUGGAUAAGUCACACCCCUUUCUCAAAAUAGCUCCUUGAAUUGACAAAACAUUAUUCACAUCGCAUUUCGUGUAAGUUUAUACGAAAACAAGGACUAUUUAGCUAGUUGAAGGCAUUGCUCUCAUUUUGGGUUUACAUUGCAUUCCAGUUUCUGAUCCUAUACUCAACUUUUGGCUUCUGUAUGACUGUCUAGGGCUUGCUCAGUCAAAACUAAUACGAAACACGAUUCUGUGAUAAAUUACAUAAUACCAACUCAUACAUGUGGUAAAUGUUAAUCAAACUCUAAUAAUAACAGCAAAUUAGCUCCCUUCCCUUUCCAGAACAGUUCACCCAGCAGCAAGUGUAAUCACACAGAACUGGGGUAUAAUACAGAUAGAACUUGUACGGCAAAAAGUGAAAGCGCAAGGUCAGCUUGUUAAGUUUGAAAAACAUGGCUUAGCUCCUUGUCUGCAAUUUGUCAGAUUCAGUGCAGUAAAAGGACCCCCAUUGUUUUAAAUGAAACCCAGUGCCAGCUGCAGAGUUCAAACAAGAGGGGAAAAAUCUCCCACAAAAGCAUCAGAGAGGUAAGAGAACACAGUUUCUAUUUGUAUGUUCUGACCUCAUAUUACUUAUUACGAGUUACUGAUGAUUUUUGUGCAUUGCCAGACACAGGUUUUACAGCAUCCCAAAGCUUCCCACCUUGCCAAUCUCCAUCCAUAUCAUUACUACACUCCCCACCUGCUGAUAAAAACUCAUUUCAACUACUUUACACCCAGGUAAUAAAUAUAGGUGGUUGAGGUACUCAACUUUCUUCUCACUCAAGAAAGAUUUCACUACCCUCAACUUGCCAACAUGGUGGAAGCCAGUAGAUUCUUAGGCCUCAUUUGGUUGUGCACAGUUGUACUCGCCCGGUGUAAGUGAACAAAUACAUCGUAAGUCUUAUGUGCACACUGUUAACAUAAGUUUGUGUAAUGAGAAUAACACUGUUAAUCUCAAAUGUGACAAAGUUAUGGAUUCUCAAAUAUAUAUAUAUAUCUAUCUGGUUGGAUCUCAUUAUAUUACACACUUGUACCUAUUUUCGGAUACACCAAACCCAAACACAGCCUUAAACAGAAGAUACAACCAUGCCUUCUCCAAGUUCCAAGCAGAAGUUUCUAUAAAGGUAAGACUUAACUUAUCCAGUUUCCACACACUUCAUGCAACAAAGGAAGGGGCUUGUGAGAACCACGAAGACAUCUCUUUUUCCCCCCUCUAAGCCACAGCCAUGAUGAUCUUUCUCCUCCUUCUCUUCUCCUACAUCACUUUCCACCUCUACAAGCUCAUAUUCCAAAACAGGGCACAUUCAUGCUGCUACAUGCUCCACUACGAGUGCUACAAGGGCACUGAAGACAGGAUGCUCAACACCGAGACUUGCGCCAAGAUCGUCAUGCGAAACAAGAACCUUGGGCUGCAAGAAUACAGGUUCCUCCUCCAAACCAUAGUCAGCUCUGGCCUCGGGGAGGAAACUUACGGCCCAAGAAACGUUCUGGAAGGCAGGGAAGCCACUCCAGUCCUCACCGACUCCCUCUCGGAGUUCGAUGACAUCGCCUUCGACACGUUAGACGCCCUCUUCGCCAAGACCAAGAUCUCGCCAACCGACAUCGACAUCCUGGUGGUCAAUGUCUCUCUGUUUUCCCCUGAACCUUCUCUGACUUCCAGGGUGGUGAACAGGUACAAGAUGAGGGAAGACAUCAAGACGUUCAACAUUUCCGGGAUGGGAUGCAGUGCAAGCAUUGUGGCCAUCGAUUUGGUGCAGCAGCUGUUCAAGAGCCACAGCAAGGCUUUAGCCAUUGUGGUGAGCACAGAGUCGAUUGCACCAAAUUGGUACUGUGGGAAGGAGAGAUCCAUGAUUCUGUCCAACUGCCUGUUCCGGUCCGGUGGGUGUUCAAUGCUGCUGACCAACAAUGGGAGCUUGAAGGGGAAAGCAGUGAUGAAACUGAACCAGUUGGUGAGAACCCAUUUGGGAGCUAAUGACGAGGCAUACAACUGCUGCAUCCAAAUGGAAGACAAGCUUGGACAUGAAGGUUUCCUCCUCACAAAGGGACUCACUAAAGCUGCUGCUAUAGCCUUCAAACUGAACCUCAGGGUUUUGGUCCCCAAGAUACUGCCACUGAAGGAUCUCCUGCGCUAUGUCCUCCACACUUACCGUCGAAAGAAGGCGAAAGGUGGGGUUGCUCCAUCGCUUGAAGCGGCAGGAGAAGGGCUCAACAUGAAGGCAGGAAUUCAGCACUUCUGCAUACACCCUGGUGGGAGGUCAGUGAUUGAUGGGGUUGGGAAGAGCUUGGGCCUCAACGACUACGACCUCGAGCCAUCUCGAAUGGCACUGCACCGGUUCGGGAACACAUCGGCUGGUGGGCUUUGGUAUGUGUUGGGGUACAUGGAGGCCAAGAAGAGGCUGAAGAGAGGGGACAGGAUAUUCAUGAUUGGGUUUGGUGCAGGUUUCAAGUGUAACAACUGUGUGUGGGAGGUGACUAGGGAUUUGGGAGAUGGGAAUGUUUGGGGAGAUUGCAUUGCUUCUUACCCUCUUCCUCCACUCAAUGUCAGCCCUUUCCUGGAGAAGUUUAGCUGGAUUAAUGAUGAGGGUCGCACCGAUGUGGAUCUCACUUCUGCAUUCAACAAGGUUUGAACAAACCUCUUUUGGUCAAGUGGGUAAAAGAGGUUCAGUGGCUUCUCAUGAGUCAUGAUAUCAAGGAAAUGAUGAGUUUGUCAGGCUAUAUGUUUUUACUUUUUGGUAUUGGUGUAUUUCAUUCUGCCUCAUUUGAAAAUUGUAAGUUGGUUCCUUUUCUGGGUUCUAUAAGUAAGUGCUAAAGGGAAACUGCUAAGAAGGUUUUGACGGGUACAAAUGUCUCAAACAGCGCUGGUUUCUCUAUAAACAUCAAACUUGACAAUGGGGCAAUUUUGUGAGAUAGCCUACAUAAAGCCCAACACUACCUAUAUGGACCUAGAAGCUAAAGGCAUUCUAUAUCUCAGAGAUAUAGGAUGACUUUAUUGGGCCGAGACAGUAAUCAAUAAUCAUACAUGUCACUCUAAACCCUAAAGUCACUCUAAAAGAGAUGGCAAUAAAACCCGAAUUCACAU